AUGAUGAUAUUACAAAAUUUCAAAAUUUUCUAAACAAAGCAAUUUCUAAAUAUUCAGAAUCCGAAGGAAUGAGGGACGAAAAAGAAAUCGAAAUUGACAGUAUAGGAAUUUGUUUGAGUUUAUUAAAUCCUUGGAGAAGAUUAAAUUAACUCUAAAUGAAAGAAGAGAAUUUGGAUAUGAAAUAAUGCGAAUUAGCGAUUUUCAGAAUUUUUAUAAUCAUAACAAUAAUAAUGAAAGCACGAUAUCAAAGAUUAAUUGGCUUGAAAUAAUUCAAGCCUUUUACAAUAAUACUGAUGUUUUUAUUGAUGAAUCAGAAGAAAUAGUUGUACUUGAGAAACCUUACUUUUAUAAAUUAAGUCAACUACUAGAAAAAACACCUCAAAGAACAAUUGGGUAAAUUUUAAAUUCUCUCGUAUAUGGUUGGAAAGCUACACUAAAGUGGAAUGUUUCUUCUGAACAUCAGAAAAUGAUUGGGUCAAAAGUGUAAAAGUUACAGGCAUUUAAAAAAAAAAGUUUUUUCGUGUAGGUUGGGCCAGGGCUUGAUGCUUGGGCCACUGUAGUAAAUCAAUAUGAAAUGAAGGAAAUUGACCAAAAAGGACCCGCAAAUGGCAGAAAAAUACUGAAAUUGAGCUGAAAAUGAUAAAAUAAAAUUAACCGCCUGAACCAAAAUCCGAUUAUUCGCGAAAUUGGUCUAAAAAGUUAAAAAAUAGUACCAAAAUUUAUUAAGACCAAUUUUUUUUAAUGGUAAUGGCAUCUUUGACUCUUUUUUUUAUAUAAAAAAUUGAAUUUUCGAUGUCUGGACGUAUGAUAAUAUUACAAAAUUGGUGGGUGGCCCAACCAUGACGAACGGCGUCGUAAACAAAAACACGUUAAACAAACAUAAUAACAAUAACGCUAAAUAAUGCUUGAAACUUUUAAAUUACAUUGUAAUGAACAAUUUUUGUCAUUUUAUUUUGUUGUUUGCUCAUUCCUUCUGGGUUAUUCCACUGACUUUCGUCUAAUAGUGGUUGCGACCAAAUUUUUAAAAAAAUUUA